UGGGCGGGCUCGAGGGCUGGGACGAAGCGGAAAGCUGACCGGGAGGAGAAAGAAGCCCGCCCCCGGAAGUCCCGCCUGUCUCCGCAGCUUGUUCCCGGAAGUGCUGCUGCUAGUCACGGACGCAAUGGCUUCAAGGUUACUUCGCGGAGCUGGAGCGCUGGCCGCCCAGGCCCUGAGGGCUCGCGGCCCCAGUGGCACGGCCGCGGUGCGCUCCAUGGCAUCUGGAGGUGGUGUUCCCACUGAUGAAGAGCAGGCGACUGGGUUGGAGAGGGAGGUCAUGCUGGCUGCAAAGAAGGGACUGGACCCAUACAAUAUACUGGCCCCAAAGGGAGCUUCAGGCACCAGGGAAGACCCUAAUUUAGUUCCCUCCAUCUCCAACAAGAGAAUAGUAGGCUGCAUCUGUGAAGAGGACAAUACCAGCGUCGUCUGGUUUUGGCUGCACAAAGGCGAGGCCCAGCGAUGCCCCCGCUGUGGAGCCCAUUACAAGCUGGUGCCCCAGCAGCUGGCACACUGAGUACCUGCACUAAAUUACUCAAAAUGUGCUGUAAAGUUUCUUCUUUCCAGUAAAGACUAGCCAUUGAAUUGGCUCCUUCUCCCAUA